UUCUCAAUAUCGUAAAAUCCAUUAAUUAAUUCAGUUUCUCUAAGUAUUCAGUAAUAUCUUUCUUUGUAUCAUAAUGAGAAACGUUGCUGCAAUACUUAUAAUUUUUCUCGUACCAUGUGUGUAUUUAUAUCCAGAAUAUCAAUUUGGUAUUAAGGAAGAUGUAAAAGAUUUGUUAAACUCGUCCUGUAUCUUCGGGCCUCAAUCCAUGUCGAUGGUUUUAUUUAACAGUGAUAAUCCUAAGGGUAAAAAUAUUGGUGAACAGGAAAGUUGUAGCUAUAUUGAUCCUUCGAAACCGAUUGUCUUUUUGGUCCAUGGUUUUAUCAGCUCUGCAAAUAACACUAAUAAUUAUGAUUUGGCCUCGCAAUUAAUAAAGAACGACUAUACAGUAUUUUCACUGGAUUGGUCUGAUGCAGCAUGCUCAAAUGGAAUAGCCAUAGGAAAACUGCUAGAAUAUCCUUUUGCAGUGAAAAACACUCGUGAAAUAGGAGAACUUAUGGCAAAAUAUGUUAUAACACUGAAGGAAAAAUGCAAAAUUCCACUGGAUAACAUAACAUUUAUUGGUCACAGUCUUGGAGCGCAUGUGGCUGGCUUCGCUUCAAAGGACAUCCAGAAAUCUAAUAAUGGCACAAUUUCGUGUUUUAUCGGCCUCGAUCCCGCGGGACCGAUGUUUGAGCAUAAAGAGUGCAAAAGCAGAUUCUGCAAUACAGAUGCCAAACAUGUAAUAGCUUUUCACACAUCGAUUCUCGGAAUGCAGAUGCCUGUAGGUGAUAUCGAUUUAUGGUUUAAUGGUGGAAAAGAACAACCUGAUUGUGAUAUUUGGAACGUGCCUUGCUCACAUAGCAUAUCUGUGCUCUAUCUGGCUAAUAUGUUUUACAAUAAAUGUGUAUACCCUGGUGCUGAAACACAUUUAUCAAAACUGCUUGGAAUAGCCGAAAGGCCAUCUUACCCUAAUCCUAAUACUACUGACUGUGUUGUCAUAAAUAAAGACAUUGUCGAUAUCAAGGCAAACGACGAACUCAGGGGAGGAAAUUACUACGUAUUCGUCCAGAAGAAGUAUCCGUAUUGCACAGAAGAACAUUUUAGUUGCAAGUCAUUGAUUGAAACAUCUUAACUGAUUUUAAAACGUUUAUCCUAUUCUAUUACAAACACAUAAACUGCACUUUAAACAAGCAAAUAAAUCGCACGAUAGCACAACA